AUGAUUAUCAGAAUUUUAAUUAUAUUUUUAAUUACAUUCACAUCAAUCAAUGGUGCUAAACAAACGCUAUAUGCUCCUUGCGAGAAUAAUCCAUCUUGCGAUUGCUUGUCAUUUAGUAAGAACGAUUUAAAUAUUAAUUGCAGUAUUAAUGCAAGUGCAAAAUUCUUCAUCAGCAUUAAAUCAUCAAAAAAUGUAAAGAUCAUUUGUUCUAAUCAGAGCUCGUGGGAACAUUUUUAUAUCAAGACCGAUAUAUGUGAUAAGGUUCUUGAAUCUCUGAGCUUUGAAAGAUGUAGAUUACCAAAUGAUAUUAGUUUAAAAGAAGUGUUAAAACAAUUUGCAAUAAAAGAUACAUACAUGCUCGAAUUUCAAUCUUAUCAAAAUCUUUUCGGAACAUUAGAAAGAGAACAUCUUGAAGGAUUCAGAAGUGUACAAACAUUAAUUUUAUCUAAAAACGGUUUAACCAAUAUACCUAAUAAUUUGUUUUGGGAUUUUCCUUAUUUGGAGUAUAUUGAUUUAUCAAAUAAUAAGUUAGACCUACCCGUUGAUAUUUUCCAUAAUUUAUUAACCAGUCUAAAAUCGGACAUUUUUUAUGAAUUAACAAAUUUGGAGAAACUUGAUAUUUCUAUGAAUAAUUUUUCUUCUAUCCCAGCAAAUCUAUUCGAAAAAACUACAGCAUUGAAAGACUUAACUCUAUAUAGUAAUAAUAACAAAUUAGACACCUUACCAGAUUAUCUUUUGGCGAAUUUGACCAAACUUUAUCAAGUCUAUUUGAACGAUAACGGAUUGAAAUUUUUACCGGAAAAUCUUUUCUUGGGUUCAACAUCAUUAAUGUAUAUUUUCUUAUAUGAUAAUUUACUUGUUACAUUACCCAUCAAUAUAUUCCGUGAUUUACAUUUGAUGAAACAAUUGUCAUUAAAGAAUAAUAGAAUUGAAUAUCUUCCUGAUAAAAUUUUCGAAGAUAUGGAAGAAUUAAAAGUACUCGAUUUAUCCGACAAUCAACUAACUUAUUUAUCAAGAUAUAUAUUUUACGGCUUGAUUGACUUAGAAACAUUGAAUAUAGAAAGAAAUCAAAUAGAAGAUAUCGAUCUAAUGGCUUUUCAUCCUUUAAUAAGUUUAAAAUUUGUGAAUUUAUCUCACAAUCCAUUAAGAUUAACUCACAUAAGUAAAAAAAUGUCAGGAUCUAUAUUCACGGUACCGUCACUCGAUACGACAAUCGAUCUGAGUUAUAAUAAAAUCAGACAUAUUGAUUUAAGUAAUAUCGAAGAAAAGGUAUCUUGGCGUAUGGAAGAUCGUUACAUGACCAUAGAUUUUAAACAUAAUCCUUUGUUAUGUGAUUGUGCCUUGUAUAAUCUUUUGCGUUAUCGUGAAUAUCAGAUGCGUUAUGAUAUUUACGAUCGUUAUAAUUUUAUAAUUGAUGAUUUAACGUGUAUACAACCUGAUGGAAAGAACGAAAUCAAAAUUAGUGAUCUGGAAUCAAAAGAAUAUACAUGUUUUGAACGUGAUUAUUAUAAUUCUGUACAAUUAUGUCAAAAAGGUUGUACUUGUAGAAUAAGACCGCUGGAUGAAACUCGUAUUGUUGAUUGCUCGUAUAGAAAUUUGUCUACAUUUUUAAUCGAUGAGAUGAGAAUGAUCCUAAGAAGACAAAAUCCAGUUAUAUUUAAUCUAACGGGAAAUUUUUUAACAGAGAUACCAUCAACCAAAACAUCAUUUCCCAUAAAAGUAACAGGUUUAAUGUUAUCCAAUAACAAUAUAACUAGAAUAGCGGUUGUAGAAUUACCAAGUACCAUCGAAAUAUUAGAAUUACAAAAUAAUAAUAUAACAAGAAUUGAUUUUCGAGCGUCCCAUUACUUGUCAUCUGUAAAAUGGAAAAAAUUGACUUUAAGUGGAAUUCAACUAAUUGUUUGUAUUGUUGUAUACUAUAACAGGAAAUAUAUCAGAUUAUGGUUAGCACGUAGAGGUCUUGAUUAUGGAGUUUAUUUUACUGCAAGAGAAGUGCAAGAAUAA